AUGCAAAUUCCCAAAGUAGGAAAAGAGAAGUGUUCUGCAGCCAUGGUCCAUGGACCAGAGGAUGAUAUAAGAUCAGAACAGGCCCAGUACUAUCUCUGUCCUAAAACACUGCAAUUACCACCUCCACCCACUUCUCUUCCAACUCAAAACUCGAAACAGAAUUUUAAAGAAAAUAUAAAAUAUCAAUUCACCAGUGAGUUUGAAUUGUUCAAAAAUGGUCCUUUGAUCUGUGGAGAACAGGUCAGAAGGCCAACUACUUAA